UCACCUCGCACUGCUGACGGUUCCGUUGCUUGACAUUGGCAAAGGAGUGAAGAAAAAUCAUUAAAAAUCGCUAUAAAUUAUCAUUAUUCCCGUUCCGGAUAGUGGAAAGUAGUACAUCCUAGCGCUCGGUGUGGUAAUUGGAAAAUGUUUGAAUCAUGAUUACGCUCUUCUGGUUUGUGGUGCUAAUCGUCCUGAUUUAUCUGGCCAUCACUUGGCUGCUACCGCAAUGCAUCGGCUACAUCUUGAAGCGAAAGUUCAACAUCAAAAUUCGCUUCGGUCGGAUAAGUUUACCGUUUUCACUGCGGGAUGUGAACGUUUGCAAGAGUGGCUUCUCGGUGCAAAUCGAUGAAAUCUGUAUACGCAGCAGUUUCUUCAACUCUGAAGUCACCAAACUGCUGUCGAUCAACAUCCGCGACAUCCGGAUCAAUAAGGACAUCAAUCGGCGCCAGCAGCAGCAACAGCAGUAUCCGACCUCAUCUAGUCAGUCGUCGCAACAGCAGCAAAAUGGCGAACCGGAUCCGUUCCUCGGUGUUCGAUCCGGCGAACGCAAAAUUCUGGACUUCCGCGAGAAGAAGGUCCAUCCGAUGAUCAUCAAGUUUGCCCAGUUCAUGGCCGUGCACAUUAACAACGUGUCGAUUGCGCUGUUGAACAGCGAUCACGAUCCGGGAUGGUUGCUGCAUGCUACCGCCAAGGAGCUCCAUCUGGACGGAAGCCUUGUCCACAACACCAAAACGAUGCUCGUUUCUGCCGCUCUCUGCGAUGCCCAGGCCAAGAUUCUUCGGCACUGUCAGGCAACCAAGAAGCUGGACAAACCACGCCUGGGAGACUCGCAGGCCUGUCUCGGGGAACUUAGCUUCGGUAUUGCCUUGGACAGCGUCCUGGUGGCGCACGGUCCAAUUUCGCUGGAAAAACUGCAACUAUCCAUGACCAAUACCAAAGUGGUGCUCCACGGAGGCCUUUACGAAUUUAUCAAAGACGCUCAAAGUCAGAAGCGUCGUCACCAGAUGUUCCUCCGCCAGAACAGCAUCAACCUGGAUCAGAUCCCCACCUUCGAGGGCGAAGAACCAACAGGAAGCGAAACCUACCUCAGAAUUGCACCCAUCAUCCCGAAGAACUUUGCAAUUAACAUCGAAAAUACGACCAUAUCGGCAGUGCGGGAGAACAGCUCCAACGACUUUGCUGUCACGUUGCAAACUUUCACCAUCAACGGGAAAUUCAACAGCCGGAACGCGACGGACGAGUUCCGGAUGCCGAUGUUCUACGUGGGAACGCAACUGCAGCAGCUGGAAAUCGAUACCAUGCAGGAGAAGCUGCUCUACCUGGAGCAGUUCAGCGUGGACGCCAAGCUGGAGAAGGACCUCAUCAACGUGUACUCAAAGUUGGCCUCGUUCCGGAUGAUCUACCACCACAAGGAGAUCUACGGGUGGAUCAGUAAGAAUUUCUUCUCCAGCGAACGGAUGGCCAGGCAGAUGAACCCGAAGAGUUUGAAGCUGGCAACGGGGAUGGGUGGCAGCGGGGCAGCCAGGAACGGUGCAGCAGGAAUGGGAGGAGGGGCAGGUGGUGUGUGGGAGGAGUUUUUGAAACGAGUGGUCAUUACCGGCUGCGCGGAGCUGUGGAACGUGACUUCGGUGUUCAAAUUCGGACCGCAGGAGGUCUCCUCAAUCUGCUGCAACCAUACCAAGCUGCUGCUGGACCAGUUUGCCGAAAGCCGCAGCAGUGCCUACGACAACCGUCUGCUGAACCUGGUCCUCCAGAAGCGCCACUGGAGUGCGGAGCUGCUCAUCGAAUCGCUCUGGUGGUCCCUCAGUAGCAAUGCAUCACACAAGGAUUUCGGCCAGAGCCUCAAGAAGAGCCACAUCCGCGGUAGUCCGUUCUACGUAGGAGUAAGUCUGAUCAAGUUGAGCAGCUAUGCGGAUGCCACGAAGCUGGACUUCACAAUCCACACCUUCCGGACGGAGUACAGCCCGGGUUUGGCGGAUUAUUUGGUGCAAGCUAAGCAGUGCCUGGAGCAGUACCGAUCGACGCAGCUCUCGAGAAGGAGUUCGAUCUACUUCGCUUCGAUGGAUGGCCUGUCGGAGGUGGUGGACGGUUCACCUUCGAAGCGACCGAAGCCCGGUUUGCUGAUCAGCGCGAAGGUAACGGACGUCACCAGCUUUUUCUUCAACAAGUACGAGACUUGUUUAUUGGCUAACUUGAACGAGUUGUCCCUGGCAAAGACUCCGGCGAUCAACGUGGUCAAGUUGGAUCAGUUCCACAUGGAGGUGCUAGAUUUCAAGAACAUCAGUGGGUCCGAUUUUGCUGCUGCCGAGAUGCAGAACAUGUUUGCCAAUUUCAAGGUUAUUCGGGUUGAACAUACGGAACAUCCGAGGUAUCCGAAGUUGGCGAUCCACUUCCUGGAGGAUACGGGAGCCAUGUGGAAUGCGAACCUGCACAUGCAUAUUGUGACGCUGUUUGGGGAGAUUAAGGAACUGAAGGCGGCAUUGAAGACGAAGGAGAUGGCUCAGCCUCCGUUGGAGUUGCCGAUGGAGGAACCCCCGAAGAGUACUUCCGGUGAGAAGCGAUCGUGGAUUUUGGAUGUGUACGCGGAAGGAAGUGCGGAGUUUGCAAUCAAAAUCAGUGAACGCCAUUCGAUGCAGAUCUUCAGCGAGAAUCUGUACGUCAGUCGCAAGGAGCGGUGGUUUAUAUCAUUUGAGAAUAUUUUUAUCAAGAUCGACGAUCAACAUAUCUUUACGUUUAAGGACGUGGACAGCCAGCAGUUGCCGGAGAUGGACGUGCUGCGGGCGGAGAGGAAGCAUUACGAGAACUUCCGGUUGGGGAGCAACAAGGUUUGGCUGACCUCGAUCGGAGUGGUGAGGAUUAUCUUCCCGUAUGAUCAUGACUUCUACGGGGCGAUUGUGAAUGAGUUUGUGUCGAUCUACAAGUGGCUGAAGGUGAUUCAUGGGUACAAGAAGAAACCGUUCACGCAGGAUUCGCCGCUUCCGAGUGAUAUGCUUAUACAGAUCAAGGAGUUUUUGAUGGAGAUGAGUGACGAUCCGUUUGAGGUUAAGUUGAGGGAUAACUACGUUUUGCUGUUGGAUGAGUAUAAUGAAAGUGUCAAGCGGAAGGAGUUGUUUGAUCAGAAAAUUGCGCAGCUGUGCUCGGAGAGGUUGAUCCUGCCAGCGGGGACACUGGAGGAGUUGAACGCAAAUUUGAUCAAGAAAAAUUCGGAGAUCUACAUCCAGCGAUCGAAGAAACUGGCGGAGACGGGACCUCCCCGGACGAGAUUGAUCGCGUGGAUCAUGACGGAUUUGGAGAUUAUGGCCAUGGCGGAUCCAUCUGUGCACGGGGCGGAUAAUGCCAUCCGGAUGAUUAGGGAUAUUGAUGCGGAGAGUCCAUGGCCUGAGGAAGGUAUAGAAUUCGUGACGCUUUGGUGUCGAGCAGUCAAUGUCAGUUGUACGGAAUGGAAGUUUAUGCUUCGGGACUAUCCGCAACCGAUGUUCCACGUGAAGGCUAUGCAUCUGUUUGGACAUUUGGCUGGAGCAGAGAUGGUACCACCGAGAAGAGCUAAACGAGACGUUGAUAUUGAGGUGGGAGAUCCCUUCGGUACUCACACAAUUCAGCGGAGUAUGACCUCGAUCAAGUUCUAUCACGACUUCGACUGGGAGCUGGAUGUUCUAGCCUACGCGUUCGGACCCUGCUGGGAGCCGGUUAUGGCCCAGUGCAAUCUUAUGAUGGAGAAGAUCUCCGCUGCGUCCAGAGAUCCCAGUCCUCCUCUACCCUUCUGGGACAAAAUGCGAUUGCUUAUGCAUGGACGCCUAACGAUCAUCGCCAAACAGUUUACCAUCUUGCUUCAUGCUUCGUUGGAUCCUUACAACACGACCGAGGAAAUGGAACUCACCUGGAACAACUGCGGAAUCGUUUACACCAACGCCAAGAUCAUGUUCAAAGGAGAUCUGAACGUCUUCGUAAGAACUGCCUCCCGCUACGACGAUUGUCGUCUACUUCACCUCCCCAACCUCAAAUUGAUCUUCAAACUCAACUGGAUCUGCCUGGCGAAUCCAAACGAUCAUCACGCCGUCAUCCCGUGUGCUCCGGACAAACUCCCGGAGUACUCCAGCAACCAAGUUCACGACUCGUUCCGAGCCUUCCGCUCGCAGAACCUUAACAUCUGGAUAUCGUUCGAGAUCAAGCAGAACGUAUCCGAUGCGGAUAUUCCGAACCUGGUCCUCUACGGGAGCACUCUCCGAUGGUUCGAAAGCCUCAAGUUGAUCCUGUCGGGUGUGACACGUCCAACGCGCCGAGGACUGGUGUUCAACAAUGUUCGGCCACGGAAGAAGCAACUGAGUCGUCACUACCGGCGGGCGAAUCUGCAGAUGAGUCUACACAAGUUCCAAAUUUUCUACUGGAUGUCCCAUGCUUUGAAUAGAGGAUUCCAGUUGAACGGAGGAAGGAUCACUCUGAGUUCGGAGCAUACCUUGACCCUGUCCCCGAUCGAUGAUGGGUUGAUCCACCGACCUCGGGCGGAUUGGGCCAUCAUGUACAUGAACUGUGAGUUGAAUGAUGCGGAGAUUUGGCUGAGAACGACCACAAUCAGCGAUAGGUCGGAUGGAAGUUCGGAGAGUCUUUCAAACUCGAAUGGAGACCUUUAUAGGUAUUAUUUCUUGAGUGUCGCUAAGGUUUCGUAUGGCCGGGAGGCUCUGUUGGCCAAUGGGAACGAGCGGGAGAAGGAUACGCCCACGCAUAAGCUGGUGGUGUACGACCUGAAGGGAGCCUGGACCAAAGAUAAUCGGGACGUGGCGUUUGCCUUGUUCGAUUCCUUCAUGAAGAGUCAGCGGUUGAAGAACAACCUGUCGACGGAGGCGUUGAAGUGCUUCCGGAAGGAGGGGAACAAUACUCCGUUGAAAUCGCGUAACAGUCAGGAUAAGGGAAGUUCGUCGCAGCAUCAUUCGGAUGGAGGUAGCCGUGGUAGUCAGGGACAUAUCCACGGCAAACGGCAGGAGACUUCGGAUGGUUUGGUGAUGCUGCAGCAGUUGAUCUCGGAGGCGGAUCACAAAUCGGUGGUGUUUAGCGAUGACCUAUCGGCGCAGACCAGGCAGCAGCAGUUGAAGGGGCUGCAGGCCUGUCAAGAUGGAGGUGUUCUACACUACAAUUGGUUCAUUUCGCUGGUGAACUCGCAGGUAUUGCUGAAGGGAUGCGAAACCUCGGGAUAUGUGAUUUUAAGUGCGGCCAAAGCGGAGAUCUUGCAGCGGGUUCAUCGGCCUAUUUGGAGAGAUCACACGAUCGUUUCCAAGACGACUUGGGUGGGAUCGUUGGAGUGUAUGCAGUACUAUGCUACGGUGAGUGCCGAAGACGGGGACACCCGGGAGAUGGCGGAGAUUAUGUGGUUAACGGUGGAUAACAUCCAGGAGAAGGAUAAGGGUGCAACUGUGAUAAAUGAGUUUCCGGAUUUGCCGCACCUGGUGGGAAGCGGACAGAGCGUGGGAGGAGUCGUUUCGGAAACUGUGGGGGCUACCGGAGAGAGCUUCUGCGGCGGAAAGUGCCCAAUUCAGUUACAACGAAUCGUUUCCAGGUGUAAGUGUGAGUUCUUCUACGUCAGCUAUGGCGAGACUAGCAUUGAUCCGGGGACGAUUAGUGAAGUGCCGGCGCCACCGGUUGAGGAAAGUAUGAGUCCUUGGGAGAACCAGGACGAACCGGUAGAUGCGUUCACGCUGAUGCAUCACGAUUUGGAUGUGUGUACGAAUUCUCUCCAGUACGCCAUGAUCCUGGACAUAGUUAACAAUCUACUUCUGCACGUGGAACCACAGCGAAAGGAAGCUUCCGAGCGGUUGGCCAGGAUGCGGUUCCAGCUGCAACUGUAUAGCAGCGAGGAUCAGAAACGUCCCAUUCAGCAUAUGCAAACGGAGAUUCGAGGCUUAAUGUCGAAGAUUCGAUGUCUGGAGAAGGACAUCCACUUCAUUACCAAAGCACGGUUGGAGGAGGGAGACAACGACGAGUUGAGGAUCGAGUACGAAGAAGUGCAGAAGAUGAUCCGUGAGUACAAGGAGAUGCUGUCGAACAAAAGUGACGAACUGGACAUGAUGCUCUCGUGCUACAAUGAAACGCAGUUGUCGGCAUCGAAUCGCUUGGCCACCAUCCGGAAGGAUAAACCUCUGACGAUCGUCCGGGCGAACGAAAUCUGCUUCAAACAUGCCCAGUGGAGGCUAACGGAAGCCGAUGGUCAGAUUGGAAUCGCCGACUUGAUCCUCAGCAAUUUCCUCUAUACCAAAAACUCCAAAAGCGAUGACUCCGUGGAUCACCUGCUCGAGUUAGGCUACAUCCGGAUCAACAACCUGAUCCCUCGGGACAACUAUAAAGAGGUUCUGUGUCCGACGGAGAUCCAACGCGAUAUGCCCGUGGAUCAUAAGCGGGUGCUUCGGGUGUUCUGCCGGGAGAAACCUCCGGUCGGAGGAAUAUCCGUGAAGGAGCACUUCGAAAUCAAUGUAGUUCCUAUUACGAUUGCCAUCUCCAAGAAGUUCUAUAACACCAUGCUGAAGUUCUGUUUCCCGGAUCGGGAUGCGUUGGAAACGGAAGGGAAUGAUGAACUGGAGGAUGGAGCCAGUUCCAGCUCGGCAUCUUCGGUGUCGACGAAGGCGAGCUCCAAGAAGGCCGCCAGCAGUUCCAAGGGGAAGAAGAGUUCGAAGGAUAGUAACUUCUACGUCAAGAUCCAGGACGACGUGGAGAAGAUGAAGGAACGGGCGGAGAAGAACAAGCUGUUCAUCUACAUUAAAAUACCGGAGGUGCCUGUUAGGGUUAGCUACAAGGGUAACAAGGAGAAGAACAUCGAAGACAUUACGGACCUAUCGCUGCUGAUUCCGACGCUGGAGUAUCACAAUGUAACGUGGACCUGGCUGGAUCUGCUGCUGGCGAUGAAGUCCGACAGUCGGAGGGUGCUGCUGUCGCAGGCGAUCAAGCAGAAGCUGAAGCUGAAGAAGGCGCUGGUGGACGAGCAACCGUCGCCGCAGGAGGAGGACAAGGCGAAGAUGCUGUUCGGCAAUCGUCAUGCGCCGGAGAACAAAAGCCUUCGGAGAGGGGUGUUCAAGUUCUCCAAACCGUAGACCGGCGCCCUCAAGUAAGUAAUAGUGUCGUAAAAGUAUUUUACAAAUUUCGCUAGGAAAACAAACUAAAUUUUACCACCAUCAUUAAUGGACAUAAUCAAAUGGUCGAUUCUAAAAGAACCGCAAUUUUUUUUUCGGAAUAAGGGAGAUUUAUAUUUAUCCGUCGCCAAGCUAGUCCCAACGCAGAAGAGGCAGAAGGAAACCAAAAAAUAAAUGGUCACAUAUUUUCUAUUGACGAAAAAUUAAGAAACCUAAAAAAAACGGCAGGCAAUAGCCCGAUGACGUCACAGAUAUUAUAGUAUCUUAAAGUUUAAAAAUUGAAGAGUAUUACCCCCCCAGACGAUUUCAGCCAUUUUUGGUUCUGGAUUGCAUUUCUCGAUCCUACUAGUACUGGGCAAUACACAUACAUGUAGCUUUUAGUUCGUAAUCCUGUCUCUUCAAUGUUGUUAAACUAUCGAACUGCUCUUUUAUUUGUUGUUAUUUAUACAAACCUCGUCGUCAUAACUACCUAAUAUAGUUUAUCUCAA